AAAUGUCGUCCGGUAUAAUUUAACUUAUGCCAUUGGCGGGGGGCUUGCACGCGAUAUUUUUAAUAAGCUUUAAGAAGAUAUAAAGCACGCGACAAGCGCGAGCUUUGGCUCAGUCCAAGCCUUCGAUCAGCAUCGAUAUCAUUUAUUGACGAGGAAUAAAAAAAAAACAUUCGAGAAGAAGGCUCGAUUUUUUCUUUUGCAACUGAACAUGUCGCAAAAAUCAGAAGGUGAUGUAUCUGCCGAGGGAUCUACGUCGCAAGCAUACAAGGUGCUUCAGAAUGAUCAAGUUGGUAGGUACAUGAUCGCGAGUAGAGAAUUGCAAGCUGGCGAAGAAAUCACUUCGGAAACACCUUUCAUCGUCGGCCCGAAAGCAUGUACUUAUCCCUUGUGUCUUUCUUGCUACACACCUUGGCCACUUAGCCCGGAUGACAAACCGCUCUGUUCCAAGUGUGGAUGGCCCGUUUGCAAUCAAGAAUGUGAGAACGCUCCACAACAUAAGGAUUACGAGUGCCCAAUAUUCGUAGAGGCGAAUGAGAAGUUUAACGUGGACGUCGUGCUGGAUGGAGACGGUGUUCCGCAAUUAGAGUGCAUAACGCCCUUAAGAUUAUUGUUGGAAUCGGAGAGGAACGUCGAGAGGUGGAACAAGGAAAUAAAGGAUAUGGAGGCACAUAAUAAGAUAAGGAGUGAAAAAAUUCAGUGGAAAUCGGAUCAUGUCAACAUUGUGGAUUAUCUAAGAAAACGACUAAAACUCGAUAGAUUCUCGGAAGAAUUCAUACAAACAAUAUGCGGGAUUUUGGACAUUAAUACGUUCGAAGUCCGGACGAUGAAGGGAUUCUGCGCGCGAGGUCUUUAUCCAACAGUUGCCAUGAUGAAUCACUCGUGUGUCUCAAAUACGUCUCACAGUAUAUCGCCGAUCGAUUAUAGGAUACGACUGCGUACCACGCUUAAGGUUCCUGCGGGCGGUGAACUUUACGGGAGUUAUACACAUUCGUUACUUCCGACAAUGCUGCGAAGGGAACACCUACUCGAGGGCAAAUACUUUGCAUGCGCAUGCCCGCGGUGUUCAGAUCCUACGGAAUUGGGUACCCAUAUGUCCUCUCUUAAAUGCAACAAAUGCGACAAUGGAGUUAUCUUAUCAUUGGAUUCUCUAGAUUCGACAAGUACAUGGAAUUGUACGCAUUGUGACUUCUCUACUAGCGGACAAGCGGUGCGAAAAAUUUUCAAGAUUAUUCAAGCGGAAGUAGACACUGUUGAAGCUAUCAGUGGCGCUGACGGAGCCGAUGCGAUUCUCGAAAGAGAGAAUGUUAUAAAAAAAUAUCGAUCAGUUUUACAUCCUCAUCACGCCUUUCUUACAAUACUAAGACACUCGUUAACUCAAAUGUAUGGCCGAGUUGAUGAAUAUUUAUUAGACGAUUUACCAGAUGUUGUAUUAGAGCAUAAAGUUGACAUGUGCCGUUUAUUGCUUCAAGUAUUAGACAUUGUGGAGCCUGGAUAUUCACGUAUAAGAGGCAUGACGUUAUACGAAUUGCACGCACCAUUACUUUUCCUAGCGAAAGGUCAAUGGAAUGCCGGUGUCAUUGACGAGGCAGGACUAAAAUCUAAAAUGAUAGAAGCCGCAACUAUCUUAAAAGAAGCUGUGACAAUAUUAACCUUAGAACUACCGGAGACAGUCGAAGGACAAAUAGGACUCGUUGCAAAAGAGUGUCUCGUUCAGUUGGAACAAUCUAUAAAUAACUUAUCUCUAGUAGAUAUUAUGGCGCCUGUCUCCCCGAAGUAUAAAAUUGUGCAUUCUAAAAAAUUUGGAAGAUAUCUUGUAACAACUAAAGAUGUAACACCAGGAGAAGCCAUAAUUCGAGAAGAACCGAUUGCAGUCGGUCCGAUGACAUAUAACAAGAACUAUUAUUUCUGUUUCGCGUGUUUGCGCUCGUUACCAAAAAUCGGCACAGGAAACCGGUAUACUUGUUCCAGAUGUAAUUUCGUACCACUGUGUAGCGUUGCAUGCGAGGCUCGAACGAAUCAUCAUACGAAUGACGAAUGUCAAAUAUUUAAAGAGAAUCGAGAGCUGUUGGCGAAUAUUGAAAUUAACGCAACAAAAAUUUUGCUAGCCUUGCGAUUAUGGCUAACAAAAUACAGAAAUCCGUCUAUAUGGGAGAGAAUAAAUAAUAUGGAGGCUCAUCUAAAUAAAAGAAUCGACACGCUUGUUUGGAAGGAAAAUGAAAUCGAUGUUGUAAAUGUGAUUCAAAAACUUCGCAUGCCCGAUAAGACUGAGCCACCGAGUGCAGAACUGAUACAAAAAUUAUGCGGCAUCUUGGAUAUAAAUACCUUCGAAUUGCGAUCGCCUAGCAUUUUGGACGGUCUUCUGCUUCGGGGUUUGUACAUCGAGGCAUCCCUCAUGAGCCAUGAUUGCAGGGGCAAUACUUAUCUUACUAUGGAUGACAAUUUUCAGCUGACUGUUUACGCAAGUGUCCCGAUCAAGCAGAAUGAGCCUAUUCUUUUCAAUUAUACCUCGUCACUGCUGGGUACAGCCGAGAGAAGACAGCAUCUUCGAGAGGGAAAGUAUUUGGAAUGCGAGUGCUCUUUGUGCAAGGACCCUUACGAAUUGCAAUCGCAUUUGAGCAGUGUGCUAUGUCCGCGCUGCAAAGAAGGAUUCGUGGGAAUGCAAGAUACCUUUGUCAUCGCACCAUAUGAGCGAGCGAGUCGAUGGCAAUGCCAGAUGUGCAAGAAGACUUACAGCGGUCGUCUUAUCAGGGCUACGUUGAACAUAUGCAAAACACUUAUCGAUAAGUGCGAAGAUUUUGACGGUAUUGACGACUUGCUUAAAAGAUUAUCCCGAUCUUUGCAUACCAAUCAUUUCCUCAUGUUAUCGUUAAAGCAGAAAUUAUUGACGGCGUGUAGAAGAGAGAUAACAUCUCUCAAUCCUCGAAGGAAGAUUGUACAGAAGAUGCUGGAUACGUGCAAGGAAGUCUAUGAUGUUUUAGAUAUAGUAGAGCCGGGCAUAUCACGUUCAAAAGGCAUAAUGUUAUAUGAAAUGCAUUUGCCUAUGAUAAUAUUGGCGAAUCAAUCCUAUUCCGCGCGCGAGAUCUCAUCAGCGCAAUUGGUCUGUCAGCUGGAAGAGGCUCGAGUUCUUUUAAAGAAAGCUUUGACUAUGCUUCUUUUGGAACCAGCAACGACUCCAGAAGGAAAAUUAGCUAAAAGAGCGCUCGAGGAAUUACGUACGCUAAAUCAAAAUAUAAGUGACGUAAAAUCCUUACCGCCAGAAGAACCAAAGUACAUGCGUAGAGUGAAAAAACAGCACAAGAAGAUCAAGUGAUACAGAGUCCCGUUUUCUUAUUAAUUUGUAUAUUAUGUGAUAAUUUCAUGUUUUGCAAAUAACAACUAUGAGCUAAAACAAUUAUCAAAUGCAUUACAUUGUGAGUGGUAAAAAAAUUC